AUGCUUGAGUCCAAGGAUGACUGGUUUGCAGCCAUAGAUGGCAGAAGCCACGAGCUUGUCAAAAGCAAUCUGCAGAAAUAUGGUCGGUCCACGGAUAAAGAUGGGCGCACAGGGCUAAUGCAUGCAGUGGCUAACCGCGACGUCGAUAUGGUCAAGAUUCUUGCUUAUACAGAACACUCAAUGACGGACUCCGAUGGACAGACGGCAAUAAUGAUGGCAGCACUCUCUAAUCAGGGCGAAAUCUGUAAGCGUCUGAUAUCAUACGAGAUGGCUAGUAGAGAUCCAGAGGGGCGAACCCCCUUGAUGCUGGCUGCAAAGCACAGUUGCAUGGACGCUAUAAUCUAUCUUUUGCCAUAUCAGAAGACCAUACAGGAUAAUCGUGGCCGAACUGCCUUGAUGUAUGCGGCGGAGGCGGGGCACCUCGACGUCGUGAAGUAUCUGGCUAUUAGGGAGAGAGAGAUAGUGUCUCACAAUAACGAAACAGCGCUAAUUCUUGCUGCAAAUGCAGGGUAUGCUGACGUCGCAAACUAUCUUAGGCAAUUUGAGUCUAAUACGCUUCCUGGAAUCACGUCUCAGUCCCUACAGAACCUGUCAAAUAUGAGCCUGAAUGGGAGUAUACAGAUAGGUGGCGAUCUUGCCUCUAGCCUGCAAGCCAUUGACAUGUUUCGUAAUGCAACUUCACCGGGCGGGCCUGUGUUUAGUAACGCUUCCAAGACGCAGCUUGAAAAAGACCUCGAAGCCAAAAUCCUCGCUCUGGAGCAGAAGCUGGUCACGUUGCAUGAGGAGUCCUCCUCUAUUUACAGCGAUAAUGUCGCUCUUCAAGACCAGAUAAAGCGCCUCAAGCAGACGCUCAGUGAGUACAAGGAGAAGAUAGACUCUCUCCAUGCGACGGUAGAGGAUAGUAUGGCGACUUCGUCUGCUCUUCGAGACACCUCGCGUCUUGCGAACACCAACGAGAGCAUGCGCAAUAAUCUUGAGCUGUCAGGCUUAUCAUCCUCAGCAACUCUUAAGGAUGCCACGGUUCAGAAGUUAGAAGCAGAUCUGGCUGCCGCACAGGCCGAACUCAACAGUCUCCGUGAAAAAGUGGUGAAAGACGCUGAUACGCGAGUUAGGGAUCUAGAGAGUGAGAAUGAGCGCCUUAGGGAGCUCGUGACAAACGCUAAAGAGCAGGAGGCAACGAUUGCCGAGUAUGCUAAGCGCGAUGAGGAGAUAGUCCAACUCCGUAGUCUUUUGAAUACAUCUGAACAGGAAAACAGCCGGCGUGUUGCAGAAUUAGAGGAGGAGCUUGCGCGCACUAAGGAGCGACUUAAGGAGAGUGAAGAGCAGCUAGAGAUUCUUAACAGCACGACGCCAUCUAGGGAAGUUGAGGAGCAGUUACGUAGAGACCUUGCUGAGAGGGAACGUGAGAUUGACGAACUCAAGAAGACUGUUAAAGCCCAGGAGGCAGAGAUUGCCCGUCUCCAGGACGCCCUGCACGCUGCUUGCGACGCCGCAGAGGCGGAUGCUCUUAGAACUGAAAAUGAGAGUCUCCGAAGCAUGCUUGCUAAAGUUGCCGAGAGUGGCAGUGCAGAGGACGCUUUGAGAGAAGAGCUCGAUAGGCUUCGAGCCCUGGUUAUCUCUAGAGGCAUUGAGAUAGCAAAUAUGGACAGAAAGCUUGCUGAAAGCGAAACGGAAUACAACAGGCUCCUAGAGGAACUUAAUAGGGUGCUUGCUGAGGUGAGAGAUGAUGACUCGGCUCAAGUAAAGAACCUUCGUGCAGAACUCCGUGCGAGGGAAGAACAGAUAUCGGAGCUCCGUAGCUUAUUGUCCGCGCAAGGUCAGGUGGUGGACUCCACGCGCGAAGUGGAUCUCCUUGCAGAGGUGGAUGCACUCAAGAGAGAGCUCAGAAACAAACGUGACGAAGCAGACAAGCUCCGAGGUCUCGUUGAUUACGAAGAGGACGACAGACUUAGAACACUUGAGGCAACAGUCCAGGACCUCGAGGAAAAGCUCGCUCAGAAGGAAAAGGAUGUCAUAGAUCUGACUCGUGCACUUCAGGCAGCUCAAAAUGCUCAGCCUUUUACAGACGGUGAGGAUACUCGAAGACUUCGUGAGGAGGUAGAGACUUAUGUAAAGAGAAUCUCCGCCCUUGAGAGGCUUGUUGAGGCCCGUGAUGAUGCCAUCCAGCAACUCAAUCUUCGGCUCAACAAGACCGGAGAUGCAGUGGAAGCCUCCACCACGAGCGUGGCCAUGUACGAAGGAGAGAUUCAGGACAUCAAUGUCCUUAGGAGCACUAUUGUAAAGCUUGAGGAUAUUAUUCGCGACAAGGACAGAGAACUGGAUGAUCUGCAACAGAAGUUGGACGAUGCUUUGAAUGAGGUGAAGUAUUUGCCCGAUGACGGUUCUGGCCGGAUCCAUGCCUUGGAGAAGGACAAGGAGGCCCUCAAUACACAUAAUAUGUUCCUCCAAAAUAUGAUUAAGGAGAAGGAAGCUGAGAUAGAGAGGCUGCGCAGCAAUGAUUCCACAGCUGAUCAAGCAGCUCUCAAGCAGCAGCUUCGAACUACAGAGGAGGAGCUGAACGACCUUAAGGAGGAACUUUUUAAGACCAAAGAGCAACUUGCUACGCAAGGUACUGUGCCUGCUACGUUUGCAGAGGCUGCACCCGCUAAUGAUGAUUUGAUUAAUGCAUUACGCUCGGAUAUUGAUGUCCUUAAGGCACACGUCAUUGAAAAGACUCAGGAAAUAAAGGACCUGAACAAAGAGCUCUUAGACAAAGAUGAUAUAAUAGAGGAGCUUAAGGAUAAGUUGGCUUUUGCAGAUUCUGGAGACAUUGUGGCCAGUGAACGACCCGUUGAAGCAGAGGUUGGAGAUGACGAGGAAGUUCUCAAGAAGAUCAGCAACGCCAACCAAGGAUCUAAUGCAGAACUUAUUCUUCGUAUCGCAGAGCUGGAGAUGGAGGUUGAAAUGCUGAAGGAGGAUCUUGACUUGCGUGAAGAAGAGGUGGAGCGCCUUGCCGAAGCGAUUAUGCACCAAGAACGUUCAUUUACUCACCUGAGGGAGGCGUCUAUCGCAAAGAGUGGCGUGGAGAAGAGCCUGCGGGAUGCGCUCACCAACUCGACAGCUAACUCUGUACUUUCAACCAGUGAAGCUGGCGCCCAUGCCAUGGAUGAACUGCACGGCGAUUUAUUGAAGAAGCAUGAACUGGAGGUGGCAGCUCUAAAGAAGAAACUCGAUGAUGGCAAUGCAGAGACCAAGAAGAAAGACGAGCUGAUCUCCGCUAUGGGCAAGGAUCUUGAACAGCUCAAGGCAGAUGUGAUUGAAAAGCGAGAGGAGCUUGAUACCAUGCGCCAAGCACUCCGUGAGCGUGAGGCCAUGAUCGAAAGCCUUCGUACGGAUGCUAACAGCACACGUGAGGAUCAUUACAGAGCUUUGGAAGAUGAGAAUUCUAGACUCAAAAAGCACUUUGACGGUCUCUCGCCUGACGAGGUUGAACUUUAUAAAAAGUAUGGACUACUGGCGAAGCUCAGGGAGCAACAUAAAGAGGCUGAGACUGCGCUUUCUGACCCAGAGACAGAGAUGACACCGGAGGAGCGUGCUCGCAAGGAGGCUCUCCUUGCUUCUCUUACCGAUGACAUCGUUCGCCUCCAGAGAGAGCUUAAGCUGAUUGAUCAACCAACCAAAAGUCCGGAAGAAUAUGCUAGGCUUUUGAAUGAGGCUGAGGCUCAUCAGAGAGAUCUGGCUGAGAUUGUCAAGAACCGCGACGCACUUCCGAAGGACCUCAUAAGCGUGAGACAGCAAACCAACGAAUAUAAGUCUCUUCUCAAGAAUAAGGAUCUCGAAAUUGAGCGCCUGCGCGUGCUGCUCCAAGACUCUCUUGAGAAGCAGGGAAUCAGGGAAGAUGAGAACAACAAGCUUCGCAAGAUCAUCGCGGAUAUGCAAGCCGCGCUUGCAAAUAGUGAAGACCAGAUCCAGCGCCUAAAGGAGGAUGCUGUCGACGCAUCCCAGCAUGAUAAGCUUCUCCUUGAGAAGCUCCGGGUCAAAGAACUUGAGGUAGAGAAUCUGCGAAAGUCUCUUGAGGAAUCUCUAGCUGGUGGUAGCGCCGAUGCUAAGGCUGUCCAGUCGUUGCGCGAUCAAGUAAGCGAAUUGGAGAGCAGUCUUGCGGCUUUAAAGGACGAGCUUUCCAAGAAAAAUGAAGAACUGGCGAGGAUUCCAAGUGAUAUCACGGCAACAAUAAAGCGUCUUCAGGAUGCAGAAAACGAAUGCGAAAAGCUCAAGGUUCAGUACAACACGGCGAUCAAGGAGCGUGACAUCCUCCAUACUAAGCUCCGAAAGUUUUGCGAUGAAAACGGCAUUGCCAAUCCAGACUCGGCAGUCUUCCUCGCCGAUGUUUCAUCUAUUGAUGAUCUGUCUCGCAAGGUUCGCGAGCUUGAGGAGGAUAACAAGCGUUUAAUGGCGGAGAUGAUCAACUCAGACGUCAAGAAGCGUCGCGCGGUCGUUGAAAUGUCUCAGGCAAUAACUGAUCUUGAUGAUCUCAAUGCUUCCUAUUCGGAACACCUCAAGAGUCUAAACGAAAAAUACGGAACAAGCUCAAUGUCGCUUCCCGAUGACAGCCUCAGCAAAUCUCAGAUAGUUGAUCUUACCAGCAAGCUCAGAGACUUGGAGGUUAGCCUGGCCAAUGAGAAGGACAAGGUGAAUGGGAUGAACAUAAACAACGAUGUUCUGAAACGCAAGCUAGAUGCUCUAGAGCGUGCUGUUCGCAGCCCAGUGAUAACAAGCCCGACAGUUGUUAGUCCGAAUAGCAUAGCGGAUAACUCUCGCGAGGCAUACAAUGCCAUUGGUGCCGUUGGGACGGUCUCAGACAUUUCUAAGUGGAAGAAGGACUAA